AUGGCCCAUGCAAGAGGCAUCCUCCUCCCCACGUACUGCCUGAUCAGCUGCUACCUUUUUCUAGCCGCCUACACAGCUCCUCGGGCCGCCGCACUAUCCUUCGACUACGACUUCACCAUCCCGACGGACCACGAGCAGCUCAACUUCAUCAACGCGUCCUACGCCGGCAGGGACCGCCUCAUCCUCACCGACGACAUCUCCAACCUCACCGGCGGCGUCACGCACCGGCAGCCAGUGCGCCUGUGGGACGGCGCCGGCAGGAGGGCCAGCUUCACCACCAGCUUCCACUUCGCCAUCGUCCAUGGCGACAACACAACGGACAACUCCAGACGGGGGGGCGGCACUAUGUCGUUCUUCAUCGGGCCUUUCCCGCCGCCGGGCUGGGAGGUCGGCCUCCUCGGGCUCUUCAGCCACAAGAACAGCACCGGCGCCGGCGACUCGCGGCACACCCUCGGCGUGGAGUUCGACACGCGCCGGAACGACGACGGCUGGGACCCCUCCAGCGAGGACGGCACCGCCAGCAGAGGCGACCACAUCGGCAUCGACGUCAACGGCACCAGGUGUAACCUGACCAGAAGCCUGCCGCCGUUGAGCCUCCGUGGCACCUUGUGGGCGAGCAUCACGUACGACGCCGAGUCCAAGGUGAUGAAAGUGGUGCUUCGGAAAACUGAGCUGGCGGCGGAGUCGAGCAUGACCUACGAGUUCAACGCGACGAUGGAUCUCAGGGACGACGCCGGCCUUGUGCAGGAUGCCGCCGUCGGGUUCACGGCGGCCACGGGACUCCUCAGCCAGUCGCACCAGCUGCUCGCUUGGUCCUUCCACUCAACAGGUAACUACCUAUACCAUGUGUGUGUUUUUCCUGGCCUACCUAGGUGUACUAGCUAGUUUCCUUCUAGUCCAUGCGAAAAUGUACGACCCUGCCAACGUUGCAUGGCAACAUCAUGUCAUCAUGUGCAUGUGCCCGACUUUCACAUCAUUGUUACUUUA